AUGUUGAGGUAUUAUCCUCCCGGAAUAAUAUUAGAGUAUGAAAGAUCAAAUGGAAAGGAAGGAACUAAAACCAUUGAUUUAUUGGGAUUGAAUGAGAGAUCCGACAUUAACUCUGUUGCUGAAGAUAUUGUAGCAAGAGAGCCCUUAAUUCCAAGUAGCAAAACCGAACAAGUGAGGCAAUUAGUGGACAAAUUGGUCCAAAAGAUCUCAUCGUACAAGUGCCGAAAAUUCAAAGAAGAGAAGUCUCUGCAAGCACACAUGCUUCCAUUAACAAAUUGUGCAUUCAACAAGUCCGGUGAUAAGUUUAUUACGGGAAGUUAUGAUAGAACAUGCAAGAUUUGGGACACACAAACUGGAGAUGAAUUGAAAACUCUUGAAGGACACAAAAACGUUGUUUACGCUAUUGCCUUUAACAAUCCAUUCGGAGACAAGAUUGUUACUGGGUCUUUUGAUAAAACAUGCAAGUUGUGGGAUACAGAAAGUGGCGAAUGUUUGUAUACACUGAAAGGUCACGAGUCUGAAAUUGUUUGUGUUUCCUUCAAUCCUGACAGUAGCUUAAUUGCGACUGCAUCGAUUGAUACCACAGCCAAAGUUUGGGACGUGGAGACUGGAAGAGAAAUCUAUUCUUUGUUGGGGCACAAUAAGGAAAUUAUUAGCAUGAGCUUUAACAAUGCUGGAAAUUUCAUUGUGACUGGAUCUUUUGACAACACGGUUCGAGUUUGGGAUGUGAGAAGUUCAGAAUGUGUAUUUAAUUUCCAUGGACACGAAUGUGAGGUUUCUGCAACACAAUUCAACUUUACUGGAGACACAGUGGCAUCGAGCUCCAUUGAUAAGACUAGCAAAUUGUGGAGUCUCCACACUGGUACUUGUGUUCGAACACUCACGGGACACAACGAUGAGGUUAUUGACAUUGCGUUCAAUCCAACUGGAAAUAAGGUUGCCACAGCCUCUCAAGACUGCUCAGCCAGAAUUUACGACACCUUCACGGGAGAAUGUUUGGCAACCAUGUACGGACACCAUGCCGAAAUUUCAAAGGUAUCGUUCAAUCCUCAAGGAAAUAUGAUUAUCACUGCAUCCAACGACAAGACAUGCAGGCUGUGGGACGCAAAGACAGGAAAUUGUUUACAAGUUUUGAGAGGUCACAAGGAUGAAGUUUUCAGUUGCGCAUUUAAUUAUGAAGGAGACACAAUUAUUACAGGAUCAAAAGAUAACACUUGCAAAAUUUACAGAGCCACCGACGAAGAAUUAAAAUAA